AUGCCAGCGUCCCUCAUCCUGACUGGACUUUCGUCCUCCGGUGGACCUUUUCCACGUGGCUGUCUUGGUGCCAGGGUUGACGUGAUCCGUGAGGUUCUGCCGGAGGUGGACGAGGACGCCUAUUUGGAACGGGAAGCGCGCGAAGAGGCGGAGGCAGCGGCGGCGACGUCGACGUCGGCGACGACAUCGUCUGGCUCAGAGUCCGGCGUGACCAGUCCUGGACCCGACUCGGCACCAAAUGACCUCACAAAGGCUCCGGAAAGCUUGAAGAAUGACACUUUUACGCCUGCCAGGGGCCUCUCCGAAGCCAAGACCGUUGAGACAGACCAGAAAGUGAUGAAUGGGUGUACUGACUCAGACGAAGCGUCUACAAAUUACGACUGCAAUUUAUUCUGCGAAAAAGGGGCACUUCACUUUCCAGGUAACCUUCAUCAACUGUUCAUCAUAGUUUUUAACAUUUUUUCCAUUUGGGCUCCCAUCCCAUUUUUUGAAGGAGCUAGUGACCUCACUGCAAGUGAAAAAAGGAAUUUAUUGGAGAUUUGA